AUAGAAUUGAUAAAGCCCCAGCGACGAAGCAAGUCAGUUGACGUUUCUCUUGCGUGAAGAUUAGUCGAUUUCUUGUGCUGCUUUAAUUUUUUUUGAAGGUGCUAUUAUGUCUGGUAAAAGUGGAAUUAAUAGUUUGGAAGAAUGUCUUGAGAAGUACAUCCCUCCUGAGGAAUUGCGUGAGGUCAGACGGAUCCUGUAUGGCCAGGAACAAGAAAAACCAUUAGAGUUAUCUGGCGCAACACUGAAAAUUGCACAGGAAAAUGACUUUGAGGUGAAAGGAUAUCGCUUUCAAGCAGAGCAGGAGCAUUUGCGUCCGGCAAAAAUUGUUCGAGUGGCUGCAAUUCAGAAUAGUAUCGCAGCCAAGACGACUGAUCCAGUGGAUGUCCAGAGGAAUGCCAUUUACGACAAGAUUGAGAAGAUGAUUAAGGCAGCUGCAGCUUCUGGAGUCAAUAUUCUCUGUCUUCAGGAAGCUUGGACAAUGCCCUUUGCCUUCUGCACACGCGAGAAGCAUCCAUGGACGGAAUUUGCGGAGAGUGCAGAGAAUGGAAGUAGCACAAAGUGGCUGAAGAAUCUCGCACGGCAAUUCAAUAUGGUGAUCAUAUCACCAAUUUUGGAACGAGAUGAGGAACAUGGAGACAUUUUGUGGAAUACAGCCGUUGUGAUCUCCAACAAGGGUCAAGUGAUUGGGAAACACCGAAAGAAUCAUAUUCCUCGAGUUGGAGACUUCAAUGAGUCCACUUACUAUAUGGAAGGCAAUACUGGACAUCCAGUCUUCGAGACGGCUUUUGGAAGGAUUGCCAUUAACAUCUGCUAUGGACGACAUCAUCCACAGAAUUGGCUCAUGUUUGGCAUCAAUGGAGCAGAAAUUGUCUUCAAUCCAUCAGCCACUGUGGGAAGUCUGAGUGAGCCACUUUGGGGCAUUGAGGCAAGAAAUGCAGCUAUUGCCAAUUCUUACUUCACAGUGGCCAUUAAUCGUGUAGGAACUGAAGAAUUUCCCAAUGCCUUCACUUCAGGCGACAGAAAACCUCCUCACAAGGACUUUGGUCCCUUCUACGGUUCCUCAUACAUUACAGCUCCGGACGGAGCUAGAACCCCGGGACUUUCGCGUCACAGAGAUGGUCUCCUUAUCACGGAAAUGGACUUAAAUCUGUGCAGACAGGUGAAAGAUUGGUGGGGAUUCAGACUCACCCAGCGUCUGCCACUCUAUGCAGAAUCCUUGGCUGCAGCCUCAAAACUGGACUACAAACCACAAAUUCUUAAAGAAGACUAAAGUUUUGUCAUUCUUUGUUUUUUUUUACGGUUUUUAAAUAUAUCUUCUUACAGCAGCAA